AUGACGGAGUGUGUCGAAGCUUUGCCUCCUCCUUCGCUGACGAGAAGGGAUGGGAAGGGGUUGAAGCCAGAUGAUGUCUACAUUCAGUCGAGUGAACUCUCCUCGAGGGCGCUGUCGACCGUAUCAUUGCCGCCUCUUGCAAGUGGAGAGGACGCGUUACCGGAGCAGCCUUUGACGCGACAUCUACUCUUUGCAACCUUCGUUGCGUCCAUAGGAAGUUUCCAAUACGGAUGGAACAUUGGAACCGUUAGCAUCCCAGCCGAUACAAUCCACUUAUGCACCCCAACACCCACCUCCUCCUCGCUACCCGACUGUCUCCCAAUGUCUUCCAACAUCUGGGCCUUCUUCAUCGGCUCCUUCGCCCUCGGUGGUCUCUUCGGUGGCCUCCUCGCCGGACCGCUCACAGCGCGUUUCGGGCGUCUCAUUCCAUUCCAUAUCACGAACGCGAUCUUUCUCGCAGCGGGUGUGUUCAUGGCUGCCUCCGUGAACCCGGGUAUGAUUAUCUUUGGGAGGUUUCUGUCGGGAUUGGGGACGGGUGCGGCGAGUUCGGUGGUUCCGAUGUACGUGGGUGAGAUAUCCCCGCCAAUGUGGAGAGGAGUCCUCGGCACCGUUUUCUCCUUCAGUAUCUGCAUUGGGCUCAACGCCGCCCAACUCAUCUCAAUCCCGCUCAAUUACUACCCAGGCUGGAGAAUCCUAUUCGCAGGCACAGCAGUCUGGGCAAUCUUCAUGAGCGCCCUCUUACCCUGGUGCUACGAAACCCCAAAGUACCUCGUCUCAAAAGGCAAGAUAACAGAAGCGAGGGCAAGUCUCGCCAAACUCCGCGAAACGGACGAUGUGACCCUCGAGCUCUCCAACCUCCUCAAAGCCCACGAAGAAGAGCAUGCGAUCGCGAGCGCGAGUAUGUCAAUCCUCGAAAUCGUCCGUUCCCGUACCCUCCGGAAACCCCUCCUCCUAGCCUCAAUGCUUCACAUCGCCCAACAGCUAUCCGGUAUCUCGCCCAUCUUCGCAUUCUCCGCUCAACUCUUCUCGGGGUUCAUGGCGCCCAGCACAGCCCGCUGGGUCUCCGUCGCCCUAACCUUCGUGAACACCAUCGGCACAGCCAUCGCCGCCCUCCUCAUGGAUCGCUCCGGUCGUCGCGUACUCCUCCUCACCGCAAUCGCCGGAAUGGCCGCGUGCGAAAUUCUCAUCAUUCCCCUCUCCCUCCACCACGCUUCAAUCCCCUCCUCCAUCUUCCUCAUCAUCACCGUAUUCUUCUACGCACUCGGCCUCGGUCCAGUCCCAUGGCUACUCAUCCCCGAGAUCUUCCCGACGACGGCGAUUAGUGCUGCUAGCUCGUGUAGUACGAGUUUAAAUUGGAUGUUUGUGUUUGUGAUGAGCUAUGCGUUUCCGCAGAUGCAAAGGACUAUGGGGGUUUGGUCUUUUUUGGUGUUCGCCGGGUUUAUGGUUGCGGCUGGAAUUGGGGCGUGGUUUAUGUUGCCGGAGACGAGGGAGAGGGAUGUGGAGAGUGUGGUGGAGGGGUUCAGGAAGGGGAAAUGGAGGAGUGCUUAG